UGCGUAGACAAACACGUUUUCUUCAAGUUAGGUCCAUGGAUUCUUCCUUCUUCUCGUACUCGUCGCCGAUUUCGUACUUCCAGCCGUUACAGUCGCCGUGCGCCACCUCUUUCUUCUCCUGUGAGCCCGCUCCAUACGAGGACUUGGGUGCCAAGUAUGAGAGCAUCUCCUCGAAGGUUUGCGGAUGGGCUGGCGAGUUGGGCAAGGACCAUGACCUGCGGCAGGGCGCCGCGCACGGCGCUUGGCGAGAGCCGCAAACGCCCUUCCAGGUCAGCACAGAGCUGCCAAGCAGCGAGCUGAUCCCGACGGCGCAGCGCCAGCCGCGCGUGGACUUUGUGAGCAGCGCGACUGCCAUGAAGAGCAUCUUCCGCGCCUCCUUCGACACGGAGUCGGAUGUGGGGGUCGCAGUGCAUCGACUGGGCGAUUGGCUGGUCAUUGAUGAUGGGAGCGAGCUGUCCUGGUGCCCGCACCGCGAUGGGCCGGACGAGGACUUGUGGGUGGAGCGCGUGCGCGUGUCCGAGCAGCACCACCGAGCGUGUCUGGCCCAGGUGGAGGCCGCCACGGCCAAGUCCAGAGAGGCCCAGCAGCGCCUCGAGCAGGUGCGGGCUAUGCUCUGGGAGGCCGAGAUGGCCGCGAGCCAAGCGGAUGCCGAGCUUCGGGAGGCCUUAGCAGAGGCUUCCAGGGCAGCGGAGGCAUGUGAACAUCUCAAGGCACCUGCGAAUGAUAGCUUCGAUGACUUGCCAGACUUUGGUGCAAGCAGUCCGCUGUUUGAAGACGAUAUGCCGGAGUUUUGCCCGCAGGAAGAUCCACAGCUCUUCCGGAACUUUCUUGGCCACUCCAUUCGUCAGCUGCAGGAUGAGCCACAUGCGCAUGUGGAAGAUGAGCAAGAGGAACACAAGGCCAAGAAGGCGGACGCGUCACCCUGCCAGGGCGAGCUGGUGCUGCUAGAUGGUCCCCCGGCAUCCUUCCACCAGGUGGGUGUUUGGAAGAUCGCGGAUGAUGCCUCCGUGGUGGUUGGCAGCCGUUUGCUCUGCCUCGGCAACUCCGAGCAUCCGAAGCUGACGCUGUACCUGCACGACGACAGGAUGAUCUCUGAUACCAUGCUGCUGGAGCAUUGGGUGGAGUGCCUGAUGGCCGGAGUUCCGGAGUUUGCUGUUUGCUUCCACCGUGAUGGCGCGGUCCAGUCCUAUUCCCUCUACAAGCUCUCAGAGUUGCAGCGAUUUCUGGAAGAGCGAAUGGAGCUAGGAAGGCGCGUCCAGAUGACGUUGGAGGUGCUGCGGUGGAUCAAGCGUCAGUGCCGGCUUGAGGGCUGCAGCUAUUGGUUGUCCAAGGACAAGAAAGAUUCGUCCCUGAAGCUCAUCAAGUUGUCCAAUGAUGAGACACAAGAUGACAGGCGCCAAGCUCUGGCAGACAGCAGCGCGGUGGCAAGUGGCCUCGUGCUGAAGAACACCUUUCUCCACCUACCAGAGGAGGAUGAAGCCGGAGACUUCCGGCGCGCGCUCAGCUGCCCGGCCCGUUUUCUGGGCAGCGACGACCCGUGCCAGGUCUCGCCCUUCUGCAGCCGCGUGUCGGCCUUGUUCUUCCGAAGGGCGGUGUCUUCCAAGCCGGGCCCGGAUGCCGCGCGCUUCUUCCGGCAGGUCCUGGACCUUGAGGCCUUUGCCUCGUCCAACUCCGAUGAUGAUGAUAGGCCUCCCGAAGGUGUCACUGCUGGACGUGUGGCUUUACAGGCUUGCAGUCACCUGGGUCUGGCCCUCUGCGAGCUAUCACACGAGGACGACGCGGCCGCCUCGGCCGCGUCGUCCUCAGCAUCCGCGUCGGCACGGGCGGCGGCUCUGCUGGGCCAACUGCGCCGCGACGUGCCCGCGGUCUGCGCCCGGUACCGCCUGCUGCCGAUGUGGGCGCCCCCGCUAUCCGCAGCUAACGCCGCCGGUUCCGCUGGUUUCGGCGGGUCCAGCGGUUCCAGCGGUUCCGGGGAGAGCGCCAGCUUCACAAGGACGGCGUGGGCUCCGCUGCUCUUCGCCGCGCUGCCUCCUUGGCCCGGCGCCUCCGCGAAAGCGUCGCCCCCCGCGCCGCUGGCGACGGCGCUGGCGGCGGCGGCGGUGGCGCUGCGCCGCUGCGGGGACGCGUGGGCCUUGAGCCAAGUCAGCGAGGAGGACAGGAAGCGGCUGGAGGCCUUGGCGGCGCCCACCUCGGCCUUGGCGCUGCUGCGCCUGGCCUCGCUCGCAGGUUCACUGUCGCAAAGAAGACAGGACAUGAUAUGGCGAGCCCUCGUGGCCGGAAGGAAGUUUGGGUUGCUGGACGUGUCGCCAGGGCCAGACGUGCAGCCGCUCUUUGCACACCUUCCGUCCAGAGAGGAGCUGCUUCUGCGGUUGGAGUAUGUCUCCGGCCGCACCCUGCAGCUUUUCGCCGCUGAGACGGAGGCUGGUGCUUCUCGGCUUGCCGCUGAGGAUGUCAGUGAAAGCCUCCUGGACGAGUUGGAGAAUGGGCUGGCGAGGUUGGAAGGCUGCGCGGGCGCUGUCAACUCCGAGGAAGAUGCCAGGCAUGUCCUCCGCGAGGGCCCUGCGGCCUGGUGCGUGCGAGCCGCGAAGCACAUCGAGCGCAGUAUCCGCUUGCUGCCACAGGACAUCGUGGAGGCCCGCUCCCAGCGGGGGUGCUCCACGCUGCUCAACCAGCUCAUGAUGACCCUAUCGGUCUCCCUCUCGGAGGCGGCUGUGUCCUCAGCAGAGCUGGAAAAGCUGGGCAGAGAUCCUCCAGAUGGUCUUCCGUCGGAGGCGCUGGCCGAGAGCUACGAGCAGCUCUGCCGGGCGGAGGACCUGGCGGAAGCCGCCGGGCACAAGGCCGGUGAGGCGCUGGCAAGAGCCAGUCGGGGCCACUUGUGCAGCCUGGCCGCAGAUGCAGUGGUGCAUGCAGGGCUCCGACGAGGAGACCCUUUCGGCUACGUCCUGAGCCCGGAAGAGGUUGAGGUGCUGCGCAGUCUGUGUGAAGAUGAUGAGCCGGACCAGCAGGAUGCCCUGCUCUUCCUCGGGCGGCUGGGCGACCGCGCCGUGUCGGAGACCUUUGCGGCGCUGCAGAGCCUGGAUCCGAUUGUCGAGCCGGAUGCUGCUGCGGUGCUCGCGGUCAUGGCGAGUGGAGCGCUGCAGGCGGCGGUGGCGCGCUUGCGCGCCUCUCCGCCCCCGGGCCCCGCGGAGGAGCAGAGGAGGGCGGUGCAAGACAUGCUCGCCCAAGCGCUGCAGCUCCUUCCAGGGGAAGGCGCCAUGUCUUCGGGCAUUGCCACGCUGGACCGGCAAGCCGCAGUGCUUGCGGCGCAAGCGCACAUGGCCUUGAGCGAGGUGCUGUCAGUCCAGCAAAGUCGAUCUGGAAGGCAGAGGCAGCGGGCGCCGUGGCACUUAGAGAAAGCUCGUUCUGCUCUUCACCGGGCAUCUUCAGGUGCUAACCUGGAGGGCGACAUCGUCGAUCUCCUGUUGAUGCGGGCGCAUUUGCUGGCGCAGAUCCUUUGCCAGGGCACGCGCAAGCCGGAGCAAGGCUUUGAAGAGCUCAUCAGCGCGAGCCACAUCCACGCGAGCAUGGCGAGCGAGGACAGAGUGGCAGGACGGAGCGCACAGAUUCAGGCCGCGUGGCUGGAGUGUGGCGCGGUGCUGCUGGACGCACUUCGCAGCACGCUGCGCGUGGUGUGCACCAGCAAAACGGCCAACGAAGGAUGGAAAGAGCUGUACCGCUUCGCCCUGAAGCUCGAAGCGUCAGAGCUGAGUGAUUUGGUGCUGGCCUACGCAAAACUCUGAUUCCAGCAACUCGGUGUUCCUGAUUUGUUUUGUUUGCGCGCAGCACAUUUGAAUUUCGCGUUAUUUGCUGGGCUGUACAUAGAGUUUCAGGACCUGCAUAGCAAGUCAGAGACAGUCUUCGAUGUAGAGCCCACUUCCGUGCCUUGUACAGCAGGCAGAAGUUCACCUGUGUUUCACAGAUGGUGAAGAU